AGUGGCAUGCAUAUUAAUAAGGCGCAACAAAUGUAAGUUGUGUAUGCCGCGACUCAACGCAACUCAACUCAACUACUCACUACACUGACAACUGUGACAGCUACACGGAUUUGUACUUAAUUUGCGCCUGACUAAAUUGCUUUUCUACCCGGCCCGGCCCGGUGCGGCCCGACCCGAGCCUGUGUGUGCAAAGGUCAAAUUUAAUUUAAAAUGACGUUGCCGCGGAAAUAGCUUGCACUCAAAGAUGGGGGAGCCAAUCAAGUAGAAGAAUUUUGUACUUAAAGCGUUUCGGGAAUCGUAUUCGGAAUCAUGUCACAAGCCAGGAGUAAAUUGCCGGCUGUCUUGUUGCUGCUCCUAAGCUGCGCCUAUAUAGUUCAAAGUCAGCAACUCGCAGCGUCGGCGAGCGCGUUGAAAGCUCAGCAAGUACCCAAACCAGAGCUUCAAGGUGUGGUGAAUAACUCAACUGUGAAUAUGCAAAUCGUUCGCUUGCCGCGCAGCGUUUUCCAUGUGCGCUGGAAUCCCAACGAGAAGUUCAUUGUGGAGAGCCGCGAGAAUCCGGCCAUCAACUCAUCCAAGCUGGCGCCGCAUCCGCGCCUCAAGGUUUCCAAGCAUAGAAAACUGACGCUCAGCCCCAAGCUCUAUCUGUGCCAUGACAAGUUCUCGGAGCAAUGCCACAACAAGACCAAAGCAUUUCGCCAGCGCAUUGUGCAGGCCUUUGAGCGCUCGAUGAGCGAAGCUUUGAACGAAUCCAAUCACUACAAUGUGGACUACAAGCCGGUCUUUGGCGACAGCUUUGAGGAGCAGUAUUAUCCCUCUGCCUGUCUAGUUAUGGAAGCCGGCGUGCGUGUGCUCAAGCGCAAGGACCCGCCCUUUGACAAGUUGGCCUUCGGUCGACUAUUUCCGCGCCAGAAACUCUUUCCCAAUGCGAAGAGCAUCAAGACCUGUGCGAUUGUCUCCAGUGCCGGCUCACUGGCGGGCUCUAAGCUGGGGCGUUUCAUAGACACUCACGACAUCGUCAUGCGUUUCAAUCACGCUCCCACGCGAGGACACGAGGCAGAUGUUGGCAGCAAAACCACAAUACGUGUGGUGAAUUCCCAAGUGGUGACGAAGCCAGAGUUUGAUUUUGCGCAUGCGCCCAUAUUUCAAAAUGUUACCAUAGCUGCCUGGGAUCCGGGACGCUACAACGACACGCUGGAGGAUUGGCUUACAUCCGCUGACUACGAUCUGUUCACCAACUAUGAGAUUUAUAGGCGGCUCUAUCCCAAAUCGCGCGCAUUUCUCAUCGAUCCGCACUCAGUUUGGCGCCUCUGGCAAAGUUUGCAAAUAUUUGCGGGCACUCGCGCAAUUCGACGCAAUCCGCCCAGCUCUGGCUUCAUAGGCCUAGCGCUGCUUUUGCCACACUGUGCGCAAGUGGACUUUGUCGAGUAUGUGCCCUCGACGCGGCUCAAUGGACGCUGUCACUAUUAUAGCAAGGAGAUGAACUCCGCCUGCACCUUUGGCUCCUGGCAUCCGCUGGCCGCCGAAAAGCUCAUGGCACUGGAUAUGAAUGCGGCCGACGAUAUGUCAGUCUUUCAGUUUGGCAUAUUGCGUAUACGUCGUCCCGACCAGUUGCUCUGCGGCUUCAACUUCUUUGGCUACUGAUGAAGUCGUCCACACCGACUACAUUGCAUUUACUCAAGCGGUUUUCACUAACAACUACAACCACAAAUUCUAUACACAUACACACUCUACACACACACACACCCCGAGCAGCUUAUAAACAAUUUGCAAUUAAUAAACUCUUACUGGCUUAUAAGUGCGUGCAGAUAAGUGGGAGUGGUUGUGGCUGUGGCUGUGGCGGAAGUCAACAGACAGACUCUUGACUGCACCCACGUCCAUGCAAACAACAAAGUCCCUGCCGUACUUCGCUGCUGAUUGUGAGAUGACAAAGGCGACAAGACAGGUAAAUAAAACAAUUUAAAUACAAUACACAACGAUUAGCCAAUACUCUGGCAAUGAUAAACUUAAUCGCGCAAAAAUAAUAACUAAAUAUGCAAUAAACUGCAAG